AUUGGACAUUGUUCUUCACAACCAUGGCUUUCUCUCAUGUUGGAUUUCUGGGUGACAGGAUGACGGGCAAGGCCCUGGAGAUAGGCGUUUGUGCUACGGCUUCUGCAGGAUUUCUCCUUUUGGUUACGGGAGUCAUGUCUGGAAUCAUCACAGAACCAAUGUUCCUCGACACGUUCCCAAAGAUGGCGGGAGAUUAUAAACUCGGCUCCAUUCAAGCGCUCGUUGUUGCCAUUUAUGAGAUUGGCUGUCUUUUGGGUUCGUUUGUUAUUAUUGGAUAUGGUGAUAAGCUGGGUAGGAGACGUGCGGUGCUUGUUGGUGCUUGCAUUAUGCUUGUUGGGACAGCCAUACAGACUUCUUCCACGACACUUGCUCAGCUCAUUGUGNGGAAGGAUUGUCACUGGAGCUGGAAACGUAUUCCUGUCUGGCAAUCUGAAAUCGCACCACCAAAGAUCAGAGGCUUUCUGGUGCUCUUUGAAGGCGCUUUGAUCACGGCUGGAGUUAUGUUAUCAUAUUGGGUCAACUACGGAUUCUGGUUCUACAAUGCUAGCUCUUUCCAAUGGAGGUUCCCUGUGGCCUUCCAAGCCUGUAAGUUCAGCGAGGAGUCGCCUCGAUGGCUACUCAAACACGGCAAAGAGAAGGAAGCAACUCAGAUCAUGGCACGUCUCAAGCAAUCCGAUGUCGACGAUGAGGGACUGAAGAGAGAGAUCAACGAGAUCAAGCGAAUUAACGAGAUCACAGCAGGCACGAAGCUUACAUUCAAAGAGUUCUUUUCAAAUGGACCGGACAUGAAUCUCUGGCGCGCCUCAAUCGCCUUUGCGGCUCAGGCCUUUCAGCAAAUUGGUGGGAUCAACUUGGUCACCUAUNUACCAGAUGCUACCGUGGUUUUCGAAGAUUCUUUAGGUUUUGAUCCCACAUUUGCCCGACUCUUGACCGGCGUUCUGGGUACCGAGUACUUCCUGGCUGCUCUAGUCGCUCUCUUCAUUGUGGACCGCGCUGGAAGACGCCGUCUCAUGAUGUGGAACGCAGGAGGCAUGGGUCUAGCCAUGAUGGUCGCCGGCAUCGGGCUCUCGCAAGGGAACAAAAGCGGCGCCUAUGCAGCCACAGUCAUGAUCUUCCUCUUCAACACCUUCUUUGCCAUCGGCUGGCUCGGCGUAACCUGGCUCUAUCCCGCCGAAGUCACUCCCAUCCGCAUCAGAGCUGAAGCCAAUGGUCUCUCCACAUCUGCCAACUGGCUCUUCAAUUACGCUGUCGUGCAACUUUCGCCCAUCAUGAUCAACUCUAUCGCCUGGAAGACUUAUUUUGUCUUUAUGUGUUUUAACUUUGCUUUUAUUCCUGUGGUCUAUUAUAAUUUUGUGGAGACCAAUGGGUAUAAGCUCGAGGCUAUGGAUGCUAUCUUCCAGGAGGCCCAUCGAAAUGGAGAGAACCCUGUCAAGGUCGAGAAGAGGGUUCGUAAGGGCAACACUGACGGAUUGGGAGAGCUGGAGAAGAGAUCAUCCGUAGGCAGUGAGAAAUUCGAGGAUGAGAAGAAGGAAGAUGUUGAUGCAGAG